UAAUCAUAUUCUCCUGCACUGAAGGGAAUUGGGUCAGCAUGUGAAUGUGAGAGUUUAGCCGUGAAAACUCAUUACAAAAUCAGCUUUUUAAAGCAAUGGCUUCACAUCAUGGGGUUGGUCCAGCCAGCUCUGAGUCCCUAUCCCAGGCAUCUCGGGUCUCAAAUGGAGGUACACCUGAAUCCCCUCUUCCACCAUGUGCAAUCAUCAAAGGCAGAAAAUCCUACCCUAGCCAGGGGAUGAUAGGACCACACUCAGACCACACUGUUCUCUGCACAAGCUCAACCAUCAGUCUGGUGGAUAGUAUUGAUAAGUAUGAAAUUGACACACAUUCGUCCAAAUCAUGGAUCUUAUCCAAAGUGAACAUCACAACCAGGCCUUUUUGGAGAGAUCCAAAGAGAGCAAUAUGCAUUUUCUGUUUGGUGCUGAAGAUCUCCUUCCUGCUUUUCUUCCUCUACAUGUUUGUGUGCUCCCUUGUGAUUCUCAGUGAAGCCUUUCAGCUCGCAGGAGGUAAGGUGGCUGGUGACAUUUUUAAGGACAGUGCAAUCCUAUCCAAUCCUCUGGCUGGACUUGUGGUAGGAAUCCUUGUUACUGUCCUGGUCCAAAGCUCCAGUACCUCAACGUCCAUUAUUGUCAGCAUGGUAUCAUCAGGAAUAUUGAAAGUGAAUGCCGCAAUUCCCAUUAUCAUGGGAACCAACAUCGGGACGUCUAUAACUAGUACCAUUGUGGCACUGAUGCAGGCCGGAGACAGAAGUGAAUUCAAACGGGCGUUUGCUGGUGCUACUGUCCACGAUUGCUUCAAUUGGCUCUCAGUGCUGGUGCUGCUGCCCAUUGAGCUUGCCAGUGGUUUCUUAUACCGACUGACCUUUGUGGUUGUGAAGAGUUUCCAUCUCCAGACUGGGACAAAUACGCCAGACUUCCUCUCAAUCAUCACAGAUCCAUUCACUGACUACAUUAUACAGCUUGACAAGUCUGUCAUCACUGGUCUGGCACUAGGAGAUGAAAAUUUCAGGAAUAAGAGUCUUGUGAAGGUUUGGUGCGUAAAGAAGAGUCAGGGCGAGAGCGGCUCCUUGACCAACAGAACAUCUGAAGACGUUUUGAAAAAGUGUAACCAUUUGUUUGUGAAUAUGACUCUGCCAGAUCUGGCUGUGGGGCUGAUCUUGCUGGCUGUUUCGCUGGUGGUUCUUUGCACGUGUCUGGUGCUGAUCGUUAAGCUGCUUAACUCCAUGCUGAGGGGGCAUGUAGCCAAAGUUAUCAAAUGGUUGAUUAACACUGAUUUCCCAUACCCCUUCAGCUGGAUAUCGGGAUACAUCGCCAUGGUGGUGGGAGCUGGUAUGACCUUCAUUGUCCAAAGCAGCUCCGUGUUUACUUCAAUCAUCACUCCACUCAUUGGUAUUGGAGUGAUCGAUAUUGAGCGUGCCUAUCCUUUGACGUUGGGAUCCAAUAUAGGUACCACAACCACUGCUAUACUGUCAGCCUUGGCUAGCCAUGGUGACAAGUUAGAAAACUCCUUGCAGAUCGCUUUGUGCCAUUUCUUUUUCAACAUUGCUGGGAUAAUCCUGUGGUACCCAUUGCCACAAACCCGCUUCCCCAUUCGCAUGGCCAAGAUAUUGGGAGAGCGAACUUCCAGUUACCGCUGGUUUGCUGUACUGUAUCUGAUCUGCUGCUUCCUCCUGCUGCCCUCGCUUAUUUUUGGCCUCUCCAUGGCAGGUUGGCAGGUACUUGUGGGUGUUGGGACUCCUUUCGUAGUCAUGCUGAUUGCCAUCGGCAUCAUCAACAUCAUGCAAACUCGCAGUCCCAAUCGCCUGCCCAGGAAAUUCCAGAACUGGGACUUCCUACCUAUUUGGAUGCACUCACUGAAGCCCAUGGAUCGAGUGAUCACUAACGUUACCCUGUACUGUACAAACCAUUGCAGGUGCUCUGAGAAAACAGACCUAAAAGAGGUAAAUUGUCAGCAGGAGAGAUCUCCACAGCUGAAAGAGAAAGCUGUGUGUGACAAUGCAGCUGCUUGUUUAGAAGAGAUUCCUGUGGGAUCUUCCUCUCCCACAUUGAGCAAUGUGUCCCUCCCAAUUACCACCCAUCUAUAGGGAGGGUCAACAUUUACUCAUAGGAAAAAAUCUUGAGCUGUUUUUAACAUUUUCUAAAAGGUACAGAAAGAUUUUUUUCAGUUAUUUUCCAAACAGCACACAUGUAUCUCAGAAAAAGCAAGUGGUGUACAGCGAGGGCUAGUUUUCUUAAUAAAAAAUGUAUUAGAAUGGUAUUGUCAAUAAAAAAACAGAAUUACACCAUAACAGCUACUGUAUACAGAUCAAUAGUCAUACAGUCCAGACUGGGAAACAUAUAGAGCCCAUUGUUAAAGACAGAUUUGCUUAGAGGAAUUUAUAUGGCUUGGAGAUGUGUAUUGACUGGGAGUUGUACCCUACCAGCUGGGAGUUUAUGUCCCCCCAAAAAAUCUACACAUUAAAACCCUUUUUGUACGCUAAUAAAAAGUUUAGUUUUUUUUAACUUUUUCUAAAAUGUUGCAUCUUCCAGUAUUCUCCUUUCCUCCUCUUCCUCUCCUGAAGGUGAUGAAUUGUGCUGAGUUCAGUCUCAUGUGCACCAAUUGCCUAACAGUAUGUCAUCUAAAUUGCCUUUCUGUGUGUGCGAGUCCAGGCCAUUUAAUGUUGGGAAGCUAUUCAAAUGAGGGGUGUGGUGGGAAGUAUGAUCUGAUGAGAGAAAGUGCUCUGGGAUACUACCCUAUGUGAGGGGUGCUGUAUACGUGCAAAUUGUUGUUGUUUGCGGGGUGGGGGUGGUAUCACUUGAUGAGGACAGGAUUUUGCCUUCCCUUUCACAUCCAUCAGUGAUAAAUUCAGAUAAAGGACUUCUAUUGUUACCACAGCCAAGAUCAGCCAACUCAACGCAGAUCUUGAACAGAGGAUUGUUUUGGUCUAUAAUAAUAAUUAUCAUAACAAUAAUUCUUGCAUUAGGUAUAGCACCUUAUCACUUUGGAAGGAAGUCCCAAAGCACUUGUGUUUGCAUAUAAUGCAGUUUCACAGGAAGCAACUCAGUUAUUAUGUUCUUGAAAUGCUUAUUUUUUGUGCUGGUUUUAUUGUUAUUCUGACACCUUUACUUGUCAUGAUGACAUAAAAUGAGACCACUCAGCCUGCUGAGCCUGCAUUUUUUUAAAUUCUUAUUUCCUUAUUUUUUCUCCAUAAUCCUCUAUACGCUUACCACAGCUAACCACACCCCAAAAGUGGCAUAUACCUCAGGGAGAGUGAAUGGAGGAAUCCUUAGAAUCUCUCCUCUGCUAUGUUCCAAAGUCAAUUUCAUUAAGGAAAGAAGCUCUCAAAUAUAGGGUGUGUGGGGGGAGGUGGGGGGUGGGGGGAUCUGCAGUUUCAUAACAGAUUUCAUGUGAUAAUUGUCACAUGUGAAACAUUGUACUCCCACCCAGCCCCCAUGGUGCAUCCACCACACAGGAGUCUAAAUUGGAGUAGUUUGCAUCUUGUGAAAAAUGUUAAUGGGAAAAAUUGCUUAAUGUCCGCCUUUAAAACUGGAGUUUUUUUUUACAUAAAUCUGUCUAGUUCUAGAAGUCUAUGUGAAUGUAUUGUUUUAUUGUUUUGCAUUUUAUGUAGAUAACGGCAUUUAUUUAAAGUCUAUCUGUUGUCGUUUGUUUUGAUGCUGAUGUAGUGCAGCAAAAACAAUGAAUUUCUGUAGUUUGUGGGUCUGGUGCCAGACUACCCUGGAUUAGGUGCACGGGAUCGAACCAACAAGUGGCAGGGGGAAAACCAUGAAAGAGGGAUAUAGAUAGCCCAGGAGAGAGAGAUGUUUACUCUCCGACACUUUUUUCACACUUUGGCGACUUAAUGAAAUUGUCAACUUGCCUUCCAAUCUGACUGGACAGACCAAUUGAGAGUCACGAUUUACUGUUGGUGACUGUGGGUGGCAACUGUCAGCAGUGAGAAUUGGCAGUUGUGUGCGUGUCACCAGCGGUGAAUGUCUGGUGAGUGUUGAUGAUGGUGAGUAUCAUCAUUGAGUGUCUGCUGGCUAUCUACAACUAUUGGCAAGAGAUUUCAGCCAAGCUUGACCUCACAUGAUGUCCACAUUCACACAAAAUUCUGGAUAAUUUUGACCAUUUUCAAGUUCUAUUUGGUUUACUUCACAAAACAGCCAGCCCGAACCCUUUAUAUUUUGAAUACUGUAAAGUUGCCGGAGACUGAGACUUCAAAAUUGUAGCUCACUGGACCAAACAGCUCUUAUAUUUAACAUUAAACCUCACCAGCUUAACCUGUUGAUUUUGAUGAAAAAUGCUUCAAACUACCCUUAAUCAUACAUAAUGAACAAAGUUCAUAUCUUCUUAAAAAAGUGAAAGAGGAAAUAUCCAAAUAAGAACAAAAAGCUAUUGAUACUUAAUGAUACCAAGGUCCCCUGUGAUGGAGGUUAGAUCCAGAGUAAACUCCUUCAAUGUGGGUCCUCCCCCGAAUAUCUGAGUACCCCAACCCUAGAAUUGGAACUGAAUCUGUGUGGUUUCCCAUGUUUCACAGUAACUAUACAGACAUAGCCCCUUACCUCAGCUUCUCGGUCUGACGUGAAAUAUUGGCAUUAGUGACAGAAGAAAUUAAAUUGAGGGGAAAAAGCUCUUCAGAAAAACUGAUAUAUACUUUUAGAGAAUUUCAUGCUCACCAUGUUCUGGGAAAUAAAACAGUGCUAUUCCAGGGAUCCAAUAUUAAAACACUCCGGGGUUUUCUACAAAGGCCUUCUGUCUGGAUUAAUUGCAACUUUUAGAACUUACUGUAACAGCUGUGACUAAAGCAAUAGACGGAACAUUGAGAUAUUAGAUAAUUAGAAGCUUCUUAAAUAGUUUAUCAAUGUAUUGAAGGUGCUAAUAGCAGCAACGAGUUGUACAAACUAUUGAAAGUAACUUGUAUUCUUUUGGAGACAGAGAUACAGUCCGACCCCAUGGACUCAGUAUCCUAUGGGUUUGGAUAUAACGUGGAGCUGCAGUAUGCUGGAGUUAGGUGUCCUCUGUUUCUGGUACUACCUGACUGGCUUCCUAUAUACAGGGCCCUGACAAGCCCAGAAGUGCUGACAGGAGGCCGUAUUAUAAAGCAAUCCAUUGUAAUGUGGGUUCUCGUUUUAUCGACCCCCAUCUGCUGCAUUAUACCAGGGUCAGACUGUACGAAGUUUGUGAACUAGGUUUAUAUUUUGUCUUGAGGUUUCAUUGCUUAAAUAUGUAAGCAAUAAAUGGUGUAAAUAUGUAAAGGUUGGAUGAUGGAAUCACAGCUUGGAAUUAGGGGGAGACCCCCCACCCCGCCCACACGCAAUAAAGCCAUUAAAGCUGA